AAAUCACCAUGUCCACGCCCACUUCCCCCAAGACACCCACACCGCCCACUUUGCCGCCUGGCGUGACCAAGACCUGUCACAUAGUCAAGAGGCCCGAUUUCGAUGGCUACGGCUUCAAUUUGCACUCGGAGAAGGUGAAGCCAGGACAAUUUAUAGGCAAGGUGGAUGCCGAUUCCCCGGCAGAGGCAGCUGGCCUUAAAGAGGGCGAUCGCAUCCUGGAGGUCAACGGUGUGUCCAUUGGCAGUGAAACCCACAAGCAAGUGGUGGCACGGAUCAAGGCCAUUGCCAAUGAAGUUCGUUUGCUACUCAUCGAUGUGGAUGGCAAGGCCAUAGAGAUGAAGUCCUCGUCUCCUCCAGCAGCAGCUACUGCCGCUGCCUGCAAUGGCAAUGGUAAUGGAGCCAGUCAGAAUGGUUAUGAGGGCACCAAGCAGGAGAUGCCGGGAGCCAGUGCCAACAUCAGCAGCAUUAGCAUGGUGAGCACCAAGCGAUCCUCGAAUGCCAGCAGUAUCCAAAGCGGCAGUACCAUGAAUGCCUCAGACUUGGAUGUGGUCGACAGGGGACUCCCAUCGCCACCGGCGCCUGUGGUUAGUCCUCUGCCUGUGCAGCAGCACAAUGGCAGCAAACCCUCCUCGCCGAUCAAUAACAAUACGCUGAUGAGCACACCGCCGCCGCCAUCUGCCACCGGGCUUAACAACAAUGGCAGCAUCUACAACACCAACGGGAAUGGCACCAAUGGCAUGACCACGCCCAUAACGCCAACUCCAGCGGCGGGUGGCAAUCGAGCGGGAAGCCUGAACUUGCCGCUUACAGCCGCCGAAAUGCGUGCCAAGCUGGCCUCCAAGAAGAAGUACGAUCCGAAGAAUGAGAGUGUGGACCUAAAGAAGAAGUUUGACAUUAUCCAGAAGCUUUGAGACGAAUGGAACACCAAUACUUGUUAUAAUGUCAGGAUGAGGAGCUUCUAGAGCUGGUUCUGUCAGGCACACACCACAAACACAAACACACCACACACA